UCUUCCGCCAGACAUUGGUUUUCAAAACGUGUCACAACUCCCAAAUCUCCCACUUCCAAUGACUUUGCCCACUCAGUAUCAACUGAAAAACUCCCCGUGCAUGUCGAAAAUUCAAAGUACUCUGAAACCUCCAAAUUCAUCCCUUUUGCGUCUGUCAUGGGCAGAAAGUCCAAAAAGUCGCGUCCAAUUUUAGCUAUUCCUGAUUCUCCAGUACCUUCCCUCGUUUCUGCCCCUGCAGGCUAUUCGAAUACUCGCCAGUACACUAAUAGGCCUCCCGCUAAAUCUAUUUCAUCCACUGUCCGCUCCGGAGACGACUCCCUCGAACCUAGGACCCCACCUGAUGUCCAGACAGAUCGUGUUUCAUUCCCUCGCUCGGUUUUCACACUAUCGGACCCUGAUCCU